CAACCCCACACGACUUGUCUCUAACCCCCGAACUCAAGGGGAAAAACACCUUCCCCUAUUUCUCUAGUCUCUCUCAGUCCACCUCCCGAUUUUCCUUCGAUUUUCCCGAGAAAAUUUUCUGGGGAAAAUAUCAGCUUUCAUUUCACAGCAAUACAUACAUAUUUAUACACACACAUACACACAUAUAGAUGGAUCGGAGGAGACAAGCGAGUCCGGUGUACUCGCGGCAGUGGAGCGGAGGCUCGAGCAGCACAGGCUCUUCGCCGGCGAUGUCGCCAGCGCACCCUCAGUCCCGGCUCAAUCCGUCGGCCACCGGAAUCUCCACCAUCAAGCGAAAUCAAAACUUCGCCGCUAAAGCCGCCGCUCAACGGCUAGCUCAGGUCAUGGCUUCUCAGUCCACCGGCGAUGACGAGGACGACGACGAUGAUCUCGGUUUCCGAUUCGCUCAGCCGCCUCAUGCACCGUCUUCUUUGUCCGGAAAUGGUUUUACUAACGGCGCAAAGCCUCUCCCGGCGAUUUCGGUGACUCGGCCUAAUAGAUCUCCCUCGCCUGCGUUAGGUCGGAACUUUGUAGAGCAUACAACAUCGGUUCGCUCCUCAUCAACGGGGAGGCCCUCUAUGUCAGUUCGUUCAGCGGCGGUAGUGCCACCACCGAGCAAACCAUCGCUUAGAACUCCAGUAACCAUACCUCCAAUUGAUCCUCCUUCUAAUAGGAAUAGAGAUAAAAGGGACAGGUUUACACCAGAUAUUGGACAGUUCAAAGCAAAGGCCCCAGGAGAUGAGCGUGAAGCUUCUGCGCUUCGUGAUGAACUUGAUAUGCUACAAGAAGAUAAUGAGAUUAUACUUCAGAAGCUUCGCCUUGCUGAAGAAAAACAUGCGCAAGCAGAGGCCAGAGCUAAGGAGCUUGAGAAACAGGUUGCUAAUCUGGGGGAAGGUGUAAGCAUGGAAGCCAAAUUGUUGAGCAGGAAGGAAGCAGCUUUGCGUUCAAGAGAGGCUGCUCUUCUUGCUGCCAAGCAAAACAAGGAUGGGAAAGAGGAGGAAAUUGCAACUCUUCGAUCAGAAAUUGAGAAUUUUAAAGACGGGGCAGCAGCAGCAGCCGAACAGCUCCGAGAAGCAGAAUCUGAGGCAAAGAGUCUUCGUACAAAGACGCAAAGAAUGAUUUUAACACAAGAAGAGAUGGAGGAAGUUGUUUUGAAGAGAUGUUGGCUUGCUCGUUACUGGGGUUUAGCGGUGCAACAUGGCAUAUGUGCAGAUAUAGCAGUGUCAAAGCAUGAGCAUUGGUCGUCGUUAGCUCCUCUUCCAUUUGAAGUUGUCAUUUCUGCUGGACAAAAGGCAAAGGAGGAACCGUGGGGUAAAAAUAGAAGUAAGCUGGCUCGGGAUUUAACCGACCUCACAGGCGAAGGAAAUAUUGAGAGUAUGCUUUCAGUGGAAAUGGGUAUGAGGGAAUUAUCUUCUCUAAAGGUUGAGGAUGCUGUUGUAAUUGCAUUGGCCCAACAUAGACGUCCUAAUUCUGUUCGGCAGUCCAUUUUAGAUUCGAAAUCAACUGGCAACCCUAAGUUCAUGGAAGCAUUUGAUCUUAGUGACGAGGAGAUUGAAGACAUUUCUUUCAAAGUGGUUAGUUGGUUUGCCCACUUGAAUAUACGAAAUGCCCAUAUAUUCUUCCCUUCUGCUAUGGUGUCUACUAUUUGUAUUAAAACCAGAAACAAGAUACUAAAUUAUGUCAGUCGACAUUUGUUUGCAUUGAAUACUCUAUCGACAUCACAGGCUUGGCUGACUUACUUUUGGAGAAGAGCUAAAGAACACGGCGUGGAAGAUGAUAUUGCAGACGAUAGGCUUCAGUUAUGGAUAAGCCGUAGUGUGCAGACUCCAACUUGCCACGAUGCUGUGGAUGCGGAGCGGGGUGUUUAUGAGCUGCGGAAGCUGGGGAUAGAACAGCAACUUUGGGAAGCAUCUCGUAAGGAAAUCGAUCAGCCCGUCUCGGCUUACAAAUCUGCUGCAGCAGAUUUUGACACCUCUUCGUGAUAGAUGCUGCCUUCAGAUGGUUUCUUAUAUCGUUUCUUUUUUCUUUUUAUACUAUUUUUCACAUGAAGUGUUAGUCCAAACUGCUAGCAUCUCUCCCUCUCUCUCUCUCUCUCUCUCACUGGAGUUCCCUCUAUAAUUAAACUGAGUUGGGAUUGUAGUACAUAUAUCACUCAAUUUUUUUAUGUAAUCAAGUUCACAUUUUUUUUCCCA